AUGGUGAAUAUGUCUAGUAGUAAUAACAGCACACCACGUUCAACAUCCCGUCAAUAUUCUCCAACUGGAAACAAUACAAGUCCAACGACCCGUUCAACUAUUGAUGACUUUCGUGAAAUUAUACGUGAACAAUCGUUUGUUCUUCCAAAUAAUUCAUCAUCUGAUCAAGUUCCCGUGAAAAGAUAUCCACCAUUACCGGACAUCAACGUACCAAACAGUCCUUUCUUUCGUACAGAAGCAAACUUAACUGCACUGAAAGCCAAUCAACCGAAAAAACAAAUGUUCUAUCACUUUGCACCAACUCAACGGACACAUUUACCAUCGUUAAAUAAACGUGCGAUUCCACCGUCCAUGUCGAACGUGAUGGAUCUCGAUGAAGAUCUUCCACAAUGUCAUACAGCUAUUGCACAUCGCGCAGCUACAUACACAUCACCAGGUGAUCGAGUUACAUCUCCGAUAAAACGCCCUUCAGCACCCUUACCUCCAGCAAGUGCACACUUGAAACGACCUGGUCAUAUUUAUGGAAAUGAAGAUCCGACUGACGAAGAAAAUUAUUCUGAUCUCGAGGAAAAUGGUGACGACGACGAUGAUGAUGAUGAUAGUCAAUCAUUUGAUGAACGAUUUUAUCGUUACACUCAACAACCGAUAACAAUGGUGAAUCGUCGAGUGGAUGAUUAUAGUCAAACUACUCGUUGUAUAAAUAUAGAUAAUAAUGUCCAUAAUGAACGUACUCAUCCAUUGAAUACAAUUAGUUUCGAACCACAUUUGUAUUUUACAAUCACUGAGUUGAACAUAAUUCGCUUUUUACAUAGGCAGUUUUUUUUCAUUAUCAAAGCGUUGCUACCAAUUAGUAGUACUCUUCAAUGUUAUGCUUGUGAAUCCUGUAAUGACCCAUUCAAUAAUGAUAGUGCGCCAUUUCUUAAUUUUCCUCAUUAUCGAAAUCACAGUUGCACUAAAGAACAUACGUCAAAUGGAAUCAUUCGCGGUAUGGCAAAACUUUGUGAUAAAAGCAACAAUGAACUAUGGUGUUGUCAAACCGACUUAUGCAACGGUCAUAUACAAUGGUCAUCUAUUAAAUUUCAAUAUGUUAUCACCAUUGCCGUUAUGAUUAUGAUUUGUUUUUGA